GGCUCUGAAAAAAUUUCAAAAUGCGAUAUUCAUGGUAAUAGACUUUUUAAAAUAAUGGAAGUGAUUCAAUUUAUGCUUUUGGUGGAGCAUGGGCUAUUGGCAACCACAUCAGCUGUUUUGAUAUUUUAAAUAAAAGAAACUCUACUUCUACGCUUUUAACAAUAAUAAACAAUAUAAGUUUAAACAAAAAAUUAGAAUCAUUCCAAAAUGGAGCAUAAGAUUAUACUAAAAUGUCGAACUUGUUUGGAAGACAAUGAAGAGGGGAAUAUGUUUGAGUUAUUUACCGAAAACGAAAUAGGCACAAGCAGGCCGCUAAAAAAAUUCAGGCUUAACACGAAAAUUGAAUAUUGCUGCGGUGUACGAAUACGAGAAUCAUCGGAUAUGCCAUCUAAGAUUUGUUGGAAAUGUUUUGAAACGAUUAGAAUGUGGUAUAAUUUUCAGCAAAUGUGUUUUAAUUCACAGCUCUACUUAGAAAGCCUAUGUGAAGAUAGGAUGCGGCCGGAAGGCACAGAUGAUGCAGAAUAUUUAGAGUAUCUUAUGGAAGAGUUACAAGUGCAACGUGAUAAGAUAAAUAGCGCUACAGAUAUUGUUGAAUCCGAUACUGACCUCGAUGAUGCGGAUGGUUUGGAUUUAAUAUUAAAUGAAGAUGUUGAUGAUGAAUAUAUCGAAUCAGAAAAUGAUUUAGACCGAAGCAUAAAAGAAGAGCGGCAACACACAGAAGCUAAAAAUGUUGAUCAAGCAGAAAAAAAUGUUCAAGAAAAACUACUUGCAGACACAGAAAAUACAAAUACAAUAAUCAGUGGAGGAUCACAAAAUCGGCCAAGCUCAACAAAAGUAUGUAAAAAAAGAAAUACUAUCGAAAGACGUAUGUAUCGUCCACCCAGUCCAACAUCUUACAUGUGCUAUGUUUGUGGGAAUGUAUAUAAUAAGAAGGCUACAUUUGCUUAUCAUAUGUCGCAACACAACAACAUUAAACCACACGAGUGCGAGCUCUGUGGCAAGUCAUUCCGCCAAAUAUGUGAAUUGAAAAAUCAUAUGCGACGUCACACUGGAGAAAAGCCUUACAAGUGCUCAUACUGCGAUCGGCAUUUUAUAGAUCGUAGCGAAAAACAUCGACAUGAGCGUGUUCAUACAAAUACACGACCAUAUGUGUGUAGCGUUUGCGGUAAAAGCUUUAUGUAUUCUGCUAUACUAAAGAACCACUCAAAACUGCACUCCGGUAAAAAAGAUUUCAAUUGUAUGGUUUGUCAGAAAGCAUUCACUCUUCAGCAUCAGUUGAAGGCACAUUUACAAACUAUAACUCAUAAACAAAAGGAAGCGCAUUAUGUAUCUGUUGGCUAUGAAGUCAUUUAUGAAUGAAUUACUACGAAUAUCUUCACAUUCUACCACAAUUUGAUUCUUGUUAUUUUUAAAAUCCAAGUUAUAAAGUAAAACUAUUGUUAAAUAUUUUGUAUGACUUGAAUGUAAUAAUAUCGAUCUUUACACUUGACAGACUUGCGUUGGAAAUAAACGCUAAAACUAUCAUUUAUGAUUGACAUAAAAUAAAAACAAAUCUGAG